AUGGAACACCGUGAGGAUACUGGGGAUAAAACUCCCCGUGUAACCACGGCCCCCCAGGCGACCAGCCGUAAGGGUUCCGGGGUUAAAAAGGCCACAUCAAAGGCCACCAGCGGUCCCAAGGGUAAGACCCAAAAAGGGACCAAUAGUCGCUCGAUUACGCCUCCGGUCUCCGGACCAUCGGCGUCACCUAGCAACCCGGCGUCGAUUUCCCGUGGUUUCGCGGGAAUUUCUUCGCCUCGUCCCCCCGGUCUGCUGGCUCCAGCAACUCUCGGGGACGACCAGUCACGGAGCGGUAAAAGGAUUCAAUCCUCACCGGCCCCGUCUGCGCGUUCAUCGCGCUCCGAGCAUCCUGCUUCCACCCGUGCGGAAUGGGCAGGACUCGCGGUGACUGACUUGCCUCCUCCCCCAAUUCGGGCCACGGACUCGCAGUCAACAUCAUUCUUCGAUCAAUGCUCCGGAAUUCCCAGGAUAUUAUCAGAGUUUUCAUCCAGUGAAUCAAGUCACCCAAGCAAGAAAAGGAAACACAAGGCCGCGCCGUCUUUUUCAGGGGAUUCCCCCCGUAAGUCGACGCAUCGGAAAAAGAAAAACAAAGGUGUAUCCACAGAAAUCUUUCUAAAAGCUUUCCAGGACAUCAACGUUUCGCUAGCAGCCCUUAAUAAACAACAACAAUGGAGAUCGGCCCCAAUGGUGACUCAGAGGUCGCUCCCGGCGGCCACAUUUCCGGACCCAAAUCCGGGUCUAAUCCUGCCGGAUCCGGGUGUGAUCCGGCCGGAUCCGGGUCCAAUCCGGCCGAAUCCGGGCGCGAUCCGGCCGGAUCCGGGCUUAAUUCAGCCGGAUCCGGGCGCAAUCCUGCCGAUUUCGGGCGGGAUGAGAGAGGAACCACUGACCCUGGCAAUUUUUUGCCAUUUGAGACUCAGCUGA